AUGACAAAGACAGACCCUUUGGAGCGUUAUUCUAUCCGAGAAGCCACAGAAGAAGAUUUGCCUGCCAUUUUGGAUAUUUACAACGAGCAGGUUUUGAAUUCGACUGCGUUGUUCUUAUACGAUCCCAUUCCGCUUCAAGACCGUCAGUCUUGGUUCAGUGACAGCAAGCAGCUCGGCUAUCCCGUUAUUGUAGCAGUCGAAAAGAGCACCGAACAAACUAUUGCUUAUUGCUCUUUAGGUGUCUUCCGAUCUAAGCCUGCUUAUUGCUUAUCUGCCGAAAUCUCCCUUUAUAUUCACAAAAGUCAUCAUCGUCAAGGUCUUGGAAAAGUACUCUUAUCGGAAAUGAUUCGAAUUGCUCAAGAAAUGAGAUUGCGCAGCAUUAUUGCUUCAGUAACUGCCGACAACGCUGCCUCUCUUGGUCUUUUCGGAAAACACAAGUUUGUGCUUGCAGGAAAGUUCCACGACGUCGGAUACAAGUUUGGCUGUUUUCUUGAUGUUGAAUUCCAUGAAUUGAUUCUUGACGCUGCGCCGAAGGUUAAUGCACAAGGUGUACCUGAGUACAACCCAUUUCCUUGGGGUCGUUACACUUAUGGUGGAUCGGCUUUGUAA